AUGUAUGAUAUAUCUUAUUUAAAUUAUCUAGAACCAAUACUUACAACAAUUAGUCCAACAGUAAUGCCAACGUCUAAAACAUUACUAAAUGUAAAACCACAAAAAACUUGGGAUUCAGAUAAAGCAUUAAAAAGUACACACAAAGGUUUAUUUGGUAAACAUCAACUGCGUGUUUAUCUAUUUUUGGUAUUGGGCUAUGCUGUUGUUGGAGCUUGGUUGACAAAAAUGCCAUCAUUUGCUCUGUUACCACCAAAAUAUAUUGAUUGUACACCAUAUUAUUCAAAUCAAUCAAAUAUAACUUAUAGAGCAUCUACGGAAUUGGAUGAAACAACAAUGACAGUUUUGUAUAACGGUACUGGAAGAACUCUUAUUGAAGAAAGAAAAAAGAACGAACCAAAAUAUAAUUAUAGCAAAGAAUAUGGGCGAAGUGUACUUACUGAUUUUAAUACUUUAUGUGAUAAAGUACGUGUGAAAGUGCCUUAUAUAAUAUAUAUAAUUGGUUUAAUUUUGGGUGGUCUCAUAUUUGGUUAUCUUGCUGAUCAUAGUGGAAGAAAAAUGAUUUUACUCGGUUCAAUGUGGGCAGCAUGUAUUAUAUCAAUAUUUCAAUUAUUAAGUGAAGAUUAUAUUUCUUAUGUUUUUUUUAUGCUUUUUAUCGGACUGGCUAUUGGUGCUGUACAUGUUAUUACUGUACCAUAUGUUAUGGAAAUGUUUCCAGUUCAAACACGAACUAUUUAUGGUUUAUCAUUAAUUGGUGCAGUAUUUUUAUUAGAUUUGAUUAUACCAUGGCUUGCAUUAGGAAUAAAAAAUUGGAAAACUUUACAAGUAAUCGUUUCCAUUCCAUUGAUUGUAACCGCAUGUCUUUAUUGGUUUAUGGAAGAAUCAAUGUUUUGGUAUACAUCUCAAAAAGAUUAUGUAACAGCUAUAUUAUCUUUAAAAAGAAUAUCUGAAUUCAAUGGUGUCGUUUUUGAAAAUGUAUUUCGUGAAGCACGUGAAUUUCUUCGUGGUAAACGUUCAAAAGGCAUUCAAUGUGAUUUUCAACCAUUACUUCGAUUAGAGGAUAUAAAAGGAUUGAAUGAAAAAUAUCCCGAUUUUGACAUGGUAGAUUUACAAACAACAACAGGUAAAAAGACAACUUUAUCACAACGUAUAUUAAAAGUUAUCACUGGUCAUCAUUAUUAUCCAACAAUAUCAACGUUUUAUCCGACAGAUUUCUUUUGUUCACCUAUAGUAACUAUUUAUUUACUUAUCAUGUGUGGCCUAUGGCUUGUUAGUUCUUUAACAGAAUACAGUCUUGAAGCUCCACAUUUAACUCAACAUUUAACGGAUAAUUUUUUUUUGAAUUAUUUUUAUACACAUCUUAUACAAGUCAUCUCAUUUAUAAUAGCAUUUCCUUUGGUUUAUAUAUGGGGUCGUCGAUGGCCAACAUUUGGUUUUUUUCUUAUUGCAGAAGUUUGUCUACUUGGUUCAGUUGCUGGUAAAUUAGAUAAUGAACAAACACAUUCGGCAAUGCUUGUUGUUUAUUUCAUGGGUAAAAUUGCAACUCGUGCUGCAUUUCUUGUGUUAAUUAUUUAUACAUGUGAAAUAUUCCCAACGGGUUUAAGAUGUACAGCACUUGGUAUUUGUUAUACAUUUCGACUAAUUGGUGUUGCACUUGCUUCUCCAGAUGUGGGUGAAGUAAACGAUUGGAUGCCUCGUCUGAUUUAUGGAGUUCUUUCCUUAGUUCUCGGUUCAAUGGCCCUUUUAUUACCUGAAACAAAAAAAAUACCAUUACCACGAACAUUAUUGCAAAUAGAAACUAUUCCGACAUCAAUAAGUAAGACUUUUCGUCGUCAUCGUUCAACAUUUGCUAAACGCAAUGUUCGACCAGAAGAAAAACGUUCAGAAGUAGCAAACAAUUUCAAUGAUGCAGCAUCAUUGGCAUCUGGUAUGCGUUCAAAUCGUCCAUUUGAUUAUCAACAAACAUUACAUAGUAUUUAUGAAUUACAAGAUUUUGGGCAAUAUGAUACGGUACAUUCAUUACCUGCACGAUAUUCAUCUCGUCGAAUGGAUUUAUAUAAUCCAUUUUAUCAAGCACAUGGUGGCAUUACUAGUGAAACGUUUCGACCUCCACAAUCAAUCACUGAAGAUGUUGAAUAUAAUGAUGAUAUUAUGUAUAAUGAAGAUGUUGAUCAAAAUGAAAAACGCUCAUCAUUACAAAAACGUCUUAGCGACCAACAAAAAUUAGCUACUGUACAAAACCCUAUUUUAUCUACAGAUGAUGUUAUCGUUUUACCCAAUGCAACAAAACGAUCGUCAAUCGAAAAACAAUCUUUACCUAAUUCAUUAACACAAAAUGAAGCAGAAGAUCAACCUGAAUUUACAGGAAUAAUGGAUGAAAAACCAGAAAAUAAUGAUCAAGAUGAAAAAAUAUCUUCAAGAGCUACAUAUCAACGAACUAUGAGUCAAGAUGAAAAUUAUUUUUCUGAACAUUGUUAA